AUGGUGCGCAAAGACCCGAUCUUCGAGGCUCGUACAAAUGUCAAGCUUCACUCGAACCGGUUGAAGAAAGAAGCCGCGCGGGCGGAGACGACGUUCAAGUCCGAAAAGGCGAAAGCCGACAAGGCGAUGAAGAACCGGGAGUUCCAGAUUGCGCGGAUCCACGCAGCGUCAGCGGUGCGCGAGAAACGACGACAAGUGACGCUGCGGGCCGAGGCAGCGCGGGCAGACGUGAUUAUCAACGAGCUGAAGGCGGCGCAGAGCACGCGAGACACAUCACGGACGCUGGCGAUGGCGUCGCGCGGGCUGGACGCCGCCUCGCGGAGCGUCAACCUGGAGUCGCUGGUGGCGCAUGCGAACAACUUCCUUGCGCGGUCGGAGGAUUUCAAGAUCGCGAGCUCGGCAAUCGAGGACGUCGCCCAGGGGGUCUCGCUGCAGGAGUACGGCGCCGAGGGGGAGGCGGAGGUCGACCGGAUGAUGGAGCAGCUCGCCGACGACGCGGGCGUCGAGUGGCGGCUGCAGCUUGAGGCCGAUAAGGCUCCCAAGGAAGACGUCAAGGAAACAGAAGCCAGGCAUACCGAUGCCGAGCUGGAGGAUGGUCUUGGUGCCAGGCUCCGGGCCUUGCGGGCUGCUACUUAA